GACGUGUUCUUCGUGCCUUCUACCGGAGCUCGUUAUCAUCUCCGUCAAUCGCUCCCAUAGUCCCAUUGCUUCAGGAAUUUGGUAUAAGAGAAGUUAGAGGGAGGCGUUCGAUUUUCCAACGCACCCGUGGCCGUGAUCGAUUCGAUUCGAUUCAAUUAAGCUGUUGUUCGAUGGCGUCACGUGACAAACCGCCGCCGGAAAACGACCUCCAAGCGGCGGUGACGAUGCACCAGCCGGCGUCACCGCGGUACCCCGCCGCGUCCCCGACAUCUGGCGCGCAGCGGAAGAUUGCAAUCCCCGUAGAUCUGAGCGACGAGAGCGCAUUCGCCGUAAAAUGGGCGGUUCAGAACUACCUCCGCCCCGGGGACGCGGUGAUUCUCCUCCACGUCCGCCCGACCUCCAUCUUGUACGGAGCCGAUUGGGGCGCGGUCGACGCAUCCGCCGACACCGCCGACGAGAAAUCGAAGCAGAAGAUGGAGGACGAUUUCGACAAUUUCACCUCGACGAAAGCUAACGACGUGGCCCGUCCGUUGGUGGAGGCGAAUAUCCCCUUCAAGAUCCACAUCGUGAAGGAUCACGACAUGAAGGAGAGGCUCUGCCUCGAGGUCGAGAGGCUCGGCCUGAGUGUCGUCAUAAUGGGGAGCAGAGGAUUUGGAGCAUCUCGGAGCAGCAACACAGGGAGAUUGGGGAGUGUCAGUGACUACUGCGUCCAUCACUGCGUUUGUCCCGUCGUCGUUGUCAGAUUCCCCGGCGACAAGGACUCAAAGGCAGCCGCAGCAGAUAAGGAUGCCGCAACGCUGCGCCGCGUGCCGGAGGAGGACGAGCACGUCUAUCAUGAUGCUUCUGAUAAUACUGCAGAUAUGGAGAAGCCUUCUUGAGAAGACAAAUGGGAGAGAUCACUACACUUCCUCAACCAUUGGAUGGAUCACAAUGGAUGAAGAUUAGCAGUUGUGUGUGAGGGAUGAUGGUGCAGUCGGGCUGAGGCCUUUCAUUUUAUUUAUGCGCACUGUCGAGGUAUUGAUGAGUUCCUUUCCUUCAUUUUUGAGCCUCAUCUGAUCUUUUUUCUACCUCGAACUGAUUCAUAAUCUAUCUAAACAUUGAAAUAACACUCUGCUUUCAUUCCACUGUAUUUCUGCAUUGGCUGUUAACUUUGGCAUAAUAUUUUCAAGAUUCCUCACAGUGAUUCUGAGUUACUGUUAGUAACAAUAUUAGUUAUACUUUCGGUCCAUUUCUGGAUUUCCCACCGUAAGAAUUCCCCAAAAGAAAUAAAAAAUCAAACAGUAUGGUAAUUACUACUCCCUCCGAUCACAAACUAACGUCCUAUUUUUCUAUUUAGAAUGUCCAA